GUCCCAGCCGUGCUCACCGUACCGUAGAGGUUAGGGGUGUGGCAAAGCGCAGAAGGUGGGUGACGGGGACUUGGUACUGGUACAGUGGUACCGUAUCUUCUGGGCCGGUGUCGUCAACUUGUGGCUUGAUGGUGCCAGACGUUUUGCGGGACCGAGGUGGAAGGCACAGGUACCGGUACAGUGCUGCAUUCUACUGCCAUCAGGGCCCUGGGGCGGAGGGAGAGAGUGACAGCAAAGUCGAAUGACGUGACAGGACAAUGAUGGCACGUGCAGCUUUGAAAUGGAGGCCUUCCUCCGCUAUCUAUGAUAUGAUAUGAACAGUAUUUGUAAGAUAGUGUCAGCCAGAGUUUCUCCCGGCUCCGUCCCACAAGAACAAAGCAUAUAACACACGAAUACCGGCAGUUUGCCCGUAACAUACCGUAGAUGCUCCCUCCUCCCCCCUUCUUCCUCCCUACUCGAGUAUUAGUACUAUAAGGUAGCGGUACAUCGCCAUCCCUCACAUUUUCCGUUAAGGCCACCGCAGAGGGCAAACGGUUGAAGACUUGCACAAUACAUCCGGUGACAUUCCCCGGGCCUCUGGGACGAACCGACGGGCGAAGCAGGCAUCGGGGAUAGAAUAUCACUUCUCUACCGCCGUAGACAAGUAGCCGAGGAAUAAACCUUAUCGCCCGAACUGAAGGGACGGGCCCGAAAGGAAAAAUCGAGUGGUUCGGGCCAAGAAGUCCAGGAGGUGCCUCGACGCGCGAUACAGUUGAAGCCGCACCGGCACGUUUAACGACCAGAGGAUGACGAUUCUAAGCUUUACAUCGCCGGACAAACAAGUCGUGGAACUCGCUCACGCCCUAUCUCGUUUACUAGGUUGGACCUACUUUUUGUGUUGGGGAAUCUCUUCAUAUCCUCAGCUCUUCAUCAACUAUUCGCGAAAAUCGGUAACUGGCCUCGCUUUCGAUUUCUUCACCGUGAACAUCUUGGGCUUCGGCUGCUACACCAUCUCCUCCGUCCUAUUUCUGUUCUCCCCUGUGGUGCGAGACGAAUAUGCGAGGCGCCAUCCUCGGUCUCCCGAACCCACGGUUCGAUGGAACGAUCUGGCGUUUGCGGUUUGUUGAAUCUCGAUUCCUUUCCUGGUAAAAAUAACAAUAAUGUGUCACUAACGGCGGUGGUGGUAAACACAGACUCAUGCAACCUUGCUCAGUCUCGUAACUUGGUCACAAUUCUUUUUUGGGGGAUAUAAGCGAGACCCCACACAAAUAUUGUCCCGCACGAUGCUAGCGCUGAUAGCCGUUUGUGUUGCUUCGAUCCUGAUUUCCACUGUUCUUGCCCUGAGUGGCAUAGUAGGUUUUGAAUGGAUUGAUGUUGUGAGUUCACUCCAAAAUUGAAUUGUGACAUUUGACUAGUCAUUGAUACUCGUUUUGCAUGAUCCGCCACCUGCAGGCCUAUACUCUACAAUUCGUCAAAUUAUUCAUCUCGAUAGUGAAGUACAUUCCCCAAGCAUGGCUUAAUUAUAAACGGGAAGCAACCACUGGUUGGUCAAUUCACAACAUUUUACUUGAUAUUUCGGGGGGUGUCUUAUCGCUGGCCCAAUUAGUUUUGGAUUCUAGCCUUCAGAGUAAGUGGAUUAUCCAGCAUUCCUAAAAAAAAAAAGCCCCGUGGGUAGACAAUCAUCUAAAGCACUCCAGACGACUGGUCUGGUCUAGCGGGUAAUCCCUUAAAAUUAUUCCUUUCGCAAAUUUCCAUAUUCUUCGACAUUAUAUUCCUUAUUCAACACUACGUAUUAUAUCGCUCCUCUAGUGAACCUUCUGCCUGCUCACGCCUCUCUCCGGAAGGGGAAGCCGAAGUAGGCUAUGGAACACUUGAGCCCCCUGAAGUUCCAGGAGUAGGUAGCGAUAAACAAUUGCACUCUUCUUCUCGCCGUCACUCCUUCAAUGAGGAAGAACGGAGGUCAUUCCGAAGAUUUAGAGACGGCUCGGAGGCGGAGGAGGCGCUGAACAAGUCGAGACUAAGGGGAAGGGAAAAGAGGGGCUGUGGGGCUGGGGGCGGGAGGAGUGGCGGAGAUGAGAGGAGGGUCUUGUUAAGCACCAGCUUCAGUGAAACUAUUACUACCGGUAGUGUAGACGGUACGGGGGUGACAGGUGCAUGAGAGGGUAGAUAUAGAUUUAUCUUAACCAGGAAGGCACGGGCGCGUAGAUGGGAUUAGACGGGAGCCAUUUCAUGGAGGUUUGUUAUUCCGGUCGGAAUAACAGGACAAUUUUAUGUGUAUUUGAGCUGGUUUCGCGGAUGGAUGUUAUUUUGUAGUUGAGAUCGGGUUCUACCGUAGAAUUACGGAAAUAAGGCGCAUCCCGAAAAAGGCGCACCUGGCAACAGCUAGUAGUAUAAGAUAGUGAACUAUGCAGAUUGUUUCCCAUAUCAUAACAGUGGGAAAAAAAGCUGCAGAUGUAUUAUAAACAAUGCAAUAUGAGGUUAUUGAACUCAGGUUCGCUGGUCUCCAAUUUUGCAUCAAAAGUCAAAUCCUAGUAAUCUCGUUGGCCUGGAACCCCGUUUGACCCACAUCCAGAGUCUUUUCGCAAAGUCCCGGUAAGAGGACCAACUAGGAGCAUGGGCAGAGGUAGGAUCUCGUGUGAAAUGAACAACAGCUGAGUAGUGUUCAUGAAUCCAGUAAAGCAUAAGUGCGGUAUUGGUAUAGGCC